ACGAAUGAUUGCUGCUGGGGUCCUUGACGGGGAGGUGGAGGGUGAGCCGUGGCUGGGUCCUCCCCCUCCCUCUGCCGGCUGCCGAGGGCAGACUCUCGGAGAACGUCACAGCGAGCGGGCAGUGGGAGCUGAGACUGCGGACUGCGGGCGGCAUGGCUCUGCUCGCCGAGAUCUUUCUGCUGGUCACGGCGGCCGCAGGAGUCCUGGGCUCUGUGGAGGUCUCCCUCCCUGAACAGGUGGAUGCGGAGGUGACACACAGUGUGACCAUCCCCUGUACUCACACCAUCACCGGUUCCCACGGCAAUGUCAUGGUCGAGUGGUUUGUGCUGAACAAGAACGGAGAUCGGGAACGUAUUGCCUACAAGGACCAGACAAGCAGCGUUGUGGAUCCAGGCACAGGCUUUACAGACCGGGUGUCUGUGGACGGGGACUUUGGUCUGACCAUCAGCCCCGUUCUGCUGCAGGACGAGCAAUCGUUUCUCUGUCAGGUCAUCGCUGGAGCCGCAGGGAGUCACGAGGGCAAGACCGAGCUGAAGGUGUAUGAUUCUCCAGAGCAGCCGGAAGUGACGUCCAACCUGGCCAUCCUGUCGGUGACAGAACAGCUCCCAUCGGAGAUCGGAAGCUGCACCAGUCGGAAUGGUUACCCAGCACCGUCAGUGGUCUGGUACAAGGACGGCGCACCCCUCGACACCAUCACCACCCACCAUCGACACAUGUACAUGACCCCACGGGUGGUGAAGGAGACCAGUGGACUCUACACCGUCAGCAGCCAGCUCUACCUGAAGCUGGAGAAGAAGGACAAGGACUCGGAGUUCUGGUGUCAGGUCCGUUACCGGGGGGUGGGCGGCGAGGAGAGGCGGCUGGACUCGGAGCGCUUCACCAUCUCCCUGCACUACCACACGGAACACAUGACCUUUAACCUGGCCUCGAACACGGACAUCAAGGAGGGAGAGGAUGUGAGGAUGAAGUGUGAAGCUGAUGGGUUCCCUCAGCCGGAGUACAUUCUCUACAGAGUGGUGGGCGAGGAGGAGCAGGAACUCGAAACCAGCAAGGACGGGUGGUUCAUGUUGAAGCACGUCAGGAGGAACGACAGUGGUACCUACCGGUGUGAGGCCUUGGACUUCGACGCACCGGAAGACGUAGAGCUGAGGAAGGACAUCUCCAUCUUUGUGCACUACUUGCAGCCACCAGAACUGACCACCAAAAGUCCCCUCACUGUUCAGCUGGGGCAGGACGUCGAAGUCUCCUGUUCCUCACACGGUUCAGCCACUCCCAAGAUCAUCUGGAGGAAGGGCAAAGACCACCUCUCACACUCUGGGACCCUCAGCCUAAGGAAGGUGGGCUACAAGUCGAGCGGGACCUAUGUGUGCGAGGCAAGUGUGCCCUCCGUUCGCGGGCUAGUCAGAACACGGCAGCUGAAGGUCCUUGUGGAAGGCAAACCCUCCAUGGAGACAGGUCGGUUGGAGGUGACAGUGGGCAGGGAGGGGGAUCGGGUCACCCUCACCUGCACCUCCUCGGGACACCCCAGCCCCAAGAUCGCCUGGAGCGUUGACAAACAGCCGGUGGUGAGCUCCUCGGACCAGGCAGUGGUCAGUAAGGUCUCCCUACCGGUCACCGCAGCCCUUGUCCAGACCGGGGUCUCCUGUAACGCCAGCAACAAGUACGGCUGGAGCCAGCGGCACUUCCGGCUCUCUGUUGUUCCCCCGACCACAGAGACCCCCGUCACAUCCGGAGUGGAUUCCAUCAGGAAGGCAGGGAGCCAGGAGUCGGGGGGAGGAGGGGUUGUGGUGGUGGUUGUCGUGGUGAUCUGCGUUCUCCUGCUUCUGCUGGUGUUGGGCCUCCUGUUCUGCCUUCACAAGAGGGGCAAGCUUCACUGCGGCAAGUCCGAGAAGAAGGACACAGUUAACACAGAGGUCAGGAACGAUGACAUCGUGGUGGAGAUGAAGUCAGGCCAAUCAGCAGAGACCUCAGGUCUCCUGGGUGUGAACAUGGAGAAGGGGCCUCGGCCAGACAGGCGCUAGGUCUGGGGCUGCUGACCCACCUCAGGAGGAGGAGGAUGGAGAAGUGAAGGACGCCAGGGAAGAGGGAGUGCGCGAUUCCGUGGUGAGGGACCAGGCCUGUCUCCUCCCACCACUCUGCCAACACUGUAACCUGUCAGAGAACCGCUAGUCGAACUCCUUACAACAAACUCUGUGGCUCUGAGCCGCUCCUCCCUCUGUUCAACCACCCAACAACACUCAGGGCUCUAUCCUACAGACCAGGGUCCACACAGUUGGACCCCUCCCAUCCACAGUUGGACCGUCGCUGGCCUCUUGGGCACACCCUGGCUCAGUGUUUCCAUAGAUCCCUGUGUCUGACCCUGGGAGUGUGUGAUGGGACGGUGCGGAGGGAGCCUCACUCUGUGUCUGACCCCGGGGGUGUGUGAUGGGACGGUGCGGGGGGAGCUUCACCCUGUGUCUGACCCCGAGAGUGUGUGAUGGGACGGUGCGGGGGGAGUUUCAUCCUGUGUCUGACCUCGAGAGUGUGUGAUGGGACGGUGCAGAGGGAGCUUCACCCUGUGUCUGACCCCGGGAGUGUGUGAUGGGACGGUGCGGAGGGAGCCUCACUCUGUGUCUGACCCCGGGAGUGUGUGAUGGGACGGUGCGGGGGGAGCUUCACCCUGUGUCUGACCCCGAGAGUGUGUGAUGGGACGGUGCGGGGGGAGUUUCAUCCUGUGUCUGACCUCGAGAGUGUGUGAUGGGACGGUGCAGAGGGAGCUUCACUCUGUGACGUGAGUUGUGUGUGUAUCCCUUUCCUCAGUUCUGUUCCCAUGGUCCAGCUGUUGAUGGGAGGAUCCCCCCCUGUACUUGACCCUUGGCUGUACGGGACCCCCCUCACUCCCCCAUUCGGGACCCUGUGUCGGGGACUGAUUACGCCGUGUCCCAGAGUUCGUGGUGAUGAGUUCUGACUGCCCAUUUCCAAGUGUUUGUGCUUUCUUGAUGUUUUCUUGAGAGGGGACCCAGGGAAGGGUUUGACCACCUGCCCUCCCCACCCCAUCCCUUGUCCCGGUGGAAAGGUCCCACAGACUCAGCUCUCCGUCACCGUGACCCUGUCGCACCGCCAGCCUGGAGCGGUCAACGUGAUCCCCGCCCUGCACAUCCCCACCACUGCCCAACUGCUCCAGUACGUCGCAUCCCAUUGGUUGGCAACCGGCCAAUGAAAUGAAACCUUCAUCUGAGGUGACAAACCCCAUUUCCCACCCCCCCUCACUUCCUAUACCCCAAAACUCCCGAUUGUCAGCCUACCCCACCCCCUGCUCCCCAUUCCCUCCACUCCCCUUCUCCCCCCGCCCCCACUCUCCCCCAGUGACAGGACAUUCAGGGUGGGCGAUUAGCAUGGGACGGUAGAGUCACGGUGGAACUCCCGUCUCCCCCUCCCCCUCACCAUCCCCCUCCCCUAUCCCCUCACCAUCUCCCUCAACCCCUUCCCUUCCCCCUUCUCCUCACCAUCCCCCUCCCCUUCCCCCUCCACUUCCUCCAUCAUCCGUCUCACCCCCUUCCCUCUCCCUCACUAUUGCCCUCUCCUUCCUCCCUCACCAUCCCCCUCCCCUUCCCCCCCUCCCCACUCCCAUCAUAGGACCACAAUUCACUGGGACUGUGAACCCGAUGGGUUCCCCUCUCUCGGCUUGUGACGUGCUCUGUAUAUACUGUGUAUUGUGUAGAGUUGGGAUGUGUAGUGGACGUUGGUGUAAUGAACGUUGUGUGUCA